UCCCACACACACAUGCACACACACAUCUAGAGACAGGAGAGAACAAGAGAAGAGGACAGAAAAAUAAAUAACAGAAGGGGGAAAGGAAGACUCUUAAAAGACAUGCAUCUAACAGAGAUGAGAGUUUUAUUGGCUGUGUUUUGUGUGGUUAGCAUCCUCCAGCCCUACCACAUGGUUUCCAGCAGUGGAGAAUGCUACUUCAAUGCAAAAGCCAGCUGUGAACACAAAGGCCAUGUAUUCGACAUUGGGGAGGCCUGGAUGAAUGACGAAUGCUUCCAGUGUGUGUGUUUUGAGCCUUUCGGAGUAGGCUGCUGUGAACAUGGAAAGCAGCCAGUCGAUUAUCCACCCUGGUGUGAAGUCAUUAGAAAGCCAGAUUCCUGCACAGUUGCUGUGGUGAUGAAGGCCAAUCAUAAACUUCCAUGUCUGUUUGGAGGAAAGAACCGUUUGCGAGUAGGAGAUGGGCCACUGUGGAAAUCAGAGAAUGACCAACUCUUUUAG